AUGUCCUUCGGGAGAUUAUGUAGUGUUUCAGUCGUCAAGCUCUUCCUGAGAGUUAAUAGUCCGACAGACUUAAUCCCUAGGCCGUUAGGAACAAGUGCUUCAACGGAACAAGCCAUAUAUCAAUCACAAGUGCGGUCAGUUCCAAAUACAAAAAGAGAAUAUCUAGAAAACUUGUUACUUCAGCAACCACUUUCUUCUCCUGAUGCUCGCGUUCUAAAGGUUGCCGUGAUAGGCUGUCCAAAUAGUGGAAAGUCAAGUUUGGUAAAUAUGCUUACCAAGUGGAAAGUUUGCGCGGUGUCUGGAAAAGCCCACACAACUCGGUCGAAACAGACAGCUACGUAUUUUCAAGAUAAUGUCCAGUUGGCUUUUGUCGACUUACCCGGAAUUGUUAGCAGAUCAAAAGCCUCCAGAUUUAAACUUGAGAAAACGUUCAUUCGGGAUCCACAUUCUGCUAUUUUUGAUUCUGAUUUAAUUCUUGUGGUUAUUGAUGUCAGUCAUAAGGAGUCACGCGAAGUACUUCAUGAAGAAAUCGUAAAAGCACUACAUUUCUUUAACGAUAAAGAAUCAGUAUUAGUACUAAACAAGAUUGAUAGAUUGUCUAAAAAUCCAACUAGACUAUUGGACAUAACUCGGAAACUUACUGGUGGCAUCGUACGUGGUCGACGUUCACAUAUUGAUAGAUAUGCAUAUCGGUUUAAACGUCAAGCACAGUUAGCUGACACAGCUCAUCAUCUCAUUCCUCCAAAUGAAUUGAUUGCAGCUAGAUUACCUGCUGUAUGCCACCAAACAACGAAUAAAUUUCUGGUGUAUAUGAAUAAUCUUCUGGCUGAAAUUGAAUCGACACAGGUUGACGUGGAUAUAACAAAUUCUAAGUUGCUACCAGAUAAUAUGGAAGAGAAAAAAUCACUAUCUGAUACCUUCCUAGAAGAUCGUUUUUUAACUGAAAUGGAAAAAAAACACAGGGAUACAUUUUUUGAUUGCCAUAACAUACCGGGAAAUGAUAAAUUAAUGCCUUCAGAUAGUCAAGGCCUUGAUAAAUCAAAGACUGAAAUCAACCAACAUCUUUUGAACACAUGUAGUGAAUCGAAUCGAAUUCUGAAUGCAAACAGUGAUUCAGAACAUAUAGAUUCUAUGUUGGAGACGUUAAAACAACAAUUAUUACUUCAAACAGCAUCACCUGAGGAAGUUUGCAAUCGUCGAAGUCGUUGGUUAGAAAUAACAAAAUCAACUAAAGGGGUUACAAAGUGGUUAGGUUUCAGCGAGGUUUUCAUGGUCUCUUCGUUUAUAGGCGAUGGGAUAGACAAAUUGAGGGACUUCCUUGUAUCCAAAGCUUUACCGACUCGCUCUUGGAUCCUACCUCCAACAAUUAUAACUGAUCAAGAACCAAGUGAACUCAUACGAAUGUGUGUAUGGUCACACUGUCUCAACAAAUUACAACAAGAAAUUCCAUACUCGUUGCAUAUUAUUGUAGAUGAUUGUGACAAGAUUAAACUGGACAGUGGUGAUGAUCGAGUAUACGUUCACGUCCGCAUACGAUGUAAAAAUGAACGUCAGUUAUUAAGUGUUUUAGGUAUGAAAGGAAAUACGAUAAAGGAGAUUUCAAGCGCUGUUAAACUGGAGCUCAUGACAAUGUUUAGAUGUAAUACGGUUGUAAAAAUAACUGCCGAGUUAUCCAAAAUCGACUCGAACAUAAAAAAGAAGCUUUGCCGCGCCCAAGAUUUUUCCGAGGUUUUUCCAGUAAAUGACAGACCGGGCAGUGUGAAUUGUUAUGAUUGGAUUUGCUUCUUAAAUAUUCAUUUUCCCAUUCUAGAACAGCAUUUAGAGGAUGCUUUAUAUAGCUAUCGCUACUGCAAUUGUCUCACAUUUCCUCUUGACUGCUUUUUAAAUGAGCAGUCUGCAGUUAUCGAUUACGAAGGAAACACUCGCACAUCCGUUACUUAUACUACCAUUCCAGAAGUAUGUGCCAAUUUGUCUACUGUUUGUGAAGUGUUUCUAUCUGGGUUGAAUUUUUCAAGAAAUUCAGCUUGUUUGGGUUGGCGCGAAUACUGUGAGCAGGAUUACAAAUGGAUUACAUAUAAACAAGUGAAUGAUAAAAUCGGUGUUAUACGAUCCGCUCUACAUGCUUUAAAAACCCGAGGUUCGUAUGAAAACCUCUUUGUUGGUAUUUCAUCAAAAAAUUCACCACAGUGGAUAAUGGUCGAAUUGGCUUGUACAUUCUCUGGUUAUACUAUUGUGCCAUUGUAUGAUACUUUAGGCGAGGAAGCUAUUUUAACUAUACUUAAACAAACUGAGCUCCCAAUAAUGUUUUGUGACUCAGUUGAAGUAGCACAACGUAUUUCUACAUUCGCACCUGACACUUUACAACACAUUAUCUUAUUUCCUAACUCGUCUACUGAUGCUAAGUCUGCUUCUGUUUCAUCAGUUAACAGUUUGGUAAAAAUUUACGACUAUGAAGAAUUCCUAGAGUUCAGUACUGGAGAACUCAUUUGCACUGAAACUCCAAAACCUGAGAGUUUAUUUAUGGUUUGCUAUACAAGUGGAAGUACAGGCAUUCCCAAAGGGGUGAAAAUCACACAUCAAUGUGUUGUAAAGACCAUUCAAAGUUUAUUUCAACGACUUGAAGGAGAUAUCUUUAAUAAUACUGCUUCACAUCUAUCUUAUUUACCUUUGGCUCAUAUAAUGGAACAAAUGAUUUCUCUGUCUACUCUCUUGGUUGGCGCGAGAAUCGGUUUUCUAACCAAGAAUAUUCAAGGAUUACUAGCCGAUUUACAAGCUGUCAAACCACAUUUCUUUUUCACUGUUCCUCGUGUUUUAUCUCGAUUGUAUUCCGUUGCAAUGGAAAAGGUUUCAUCUGUUCCUUUACUACCUAGCAUAUUCCAUUAUGCAGUUGAAUCUAAAGUUGCAGAACAAGAAAAAAAUAUAUACGAUAAUUCAAGUAUUUGGGACUUUAUAUUCUUCAAUAAAAUUAGACGAACUUUGGGUGGUCGUGUCAAAGUAAUAGUCUCUGGUAGUGCACCCGUUGCAAGUGAAAUUUUACGUUUUACACGGGGAGUUUUUGGCUGUCCAGUAAUAGUCGGUUAUGGUUUAAGUGAAUCAUGUGGCGUUAUUACGCUUACACUGUUUGGUGAUAAAACCCUGGAUCAUGUUGGUGCGCUUAUCCCAGGAGUUUCAGCCAAACUGGUAGAUGUACCGCAUAUGGGUAUCAGCGUUGACAAGAUGAAAAUGGGUGAAAUAUGUGUUAAAGGUCUAAAUUGUACUCAAGGGUAUUACAGGGAUGAAGAAAGCACAAAACAACUCAUUGACAAAGAUGGAUGGUUGCAUACUGGUGACAUUGGCAGUUGGACAAAAGAAGGUUCUUUAAAAAUUGUCGACAGGUGUAAAAACAUAUUUAAACUCUCACAAGGCGAGUAUAUUGCACCAGAACGAUUGGAAAAUAUCUACCAACUCAGUCCACUAAUUGAGCAAAUCUUCGUUGAUGGCAAUUCACUCAACGAUUUUCCAGUAGCUGUAGUUGUACCAAAUAUCAAAGAGUUGACUAAGCGCAUAGUGGCUAAGGCGAAUUUAAAUGACCCAUUGUUAUUGAACGGUAAUAAAGAAGAGACUGAGGUGUCUAAAUACAAUUUCAAUGAUUCUAUUCCAAUAGUAGAUACGUCAACACUAUGUUCACAGCCGGCAGCACGUAAAAUUGUUGUUUCAGAAUUAGAAAAUUUAGGAAGGAAAAGAGGACUAAAAGGAUUUGAGAUAAUUAAACGUGUUCACCUUUCUUCGUUUCCAUUCACUGUGGAAAAUGGUUUGCUCACCUCCAAUUUGAAAUUAGUGAGAUCUCGACUACGGGAAACAUUUUCAGAUAAAUUACAUUUAUUGUACGAAGAAGCGUGCUCAUAA